UUCCCUUGAUCGUCUUCUUCUUUCUCUCUCCAUCUUGCUCGUCCUGCUUCUGACACACGAGACGCCGGAGCCUCCAUCACUGUGUGAAGUAAGCUUGGGAUUCCUGAUAGUGCAAGCAAAGCAAGCACCAGACAACAGUAUUAUUUCCUCUCCAUCAGUCCAUCUCGCUCUGACUCUCUCACACAUCGCUUCAUCUCUUUUCUUUUUCUUCAUUACACCACAGGCGACCACUAGCUAGAGAACAGCCUGGCCUUGCCAUCUUCUUCAUCUUCACCUCUCUCGCUCCCUCUGGCUAAGCAUAAUAGCUUCCAUAACCAUAAGCACAUCUCUCUGAAUUUCCUCCCAUUCUUUGCAUUGGCACUUUGUGCCCUAGGCCCUAGUGCCCCUGGUCACCUCACUGCAAUGGUGGAAGCUGCAAAGGCUGGAGGCCUUGCCCCUUCUUUGUCCUCUUGAUUAGCCCUUGACAAAAACAAGCCGCAGAGAAGACGAACAGAAGCAGCUGCUGCAGCAAGAAGCAUCGUCGCUGCAGACGGGGGAGAAAGCAGGAUGGAUCUUUCAGGGGCCCGAGGCGAGCUCCCGAUCCCAAUGCACACCACCGCCUCGCCCUACGGGGGCAGCAUGACCAUGGAGCUCCAUGGCCACCACAACGGCCAGUCCCAGGCUGCUCAAGGGAUGCCGUCCUCGCCGCCUGCUGCUGUGUCCGAGGAGAGCUCUGGAAAGAAGCGCUCGGCGGGGCCACUGGUGGUGGCCGGCGCCGCCGGACCCGCGGUGAAGUACCGGGAGUGCCUCAAGAACCACGCGGCUGCCAUCGGCGGCAACGCCACCGACGGGUGCGGCGAGUUCAUGCCCAGCGGCGAGGAGGGCUCGCUGGAGGCGCUCAAGUGCUCCGCCUGCGGCUGCCACCGCAAUUUCCACCGCAAGGAGCUGGACGACUUGCACGGCGACAGCUGCGCCACGCGCGGCUACGGGCACGGCCACCGCGUCGGCCGCCGCCUGCUCGGCCCCGCCAUGCCGCAGCAGCACCACAAGAGCAUGGGCGGCCUCCUCGUCACCGCCGACCACUACGGCAGCGGCGCCUACGCCGCGCCGCGCGCGCUCCCGCCGCCGCCGGGGCACCCCCACCACCAGAUCAUCAUGCCGCUCAGCAUGAUCCACACGGCUGAGUCGGACGAGAUGGACGGCAGCGGCGGCAUGGGCGACGCGCUGGGCUCUGGCGGGGCCGGCGGCGGCGGCUCCUCGUCGUCCCAGAAGCGCUUCCGCACCAAGUUCAGCCCCGAGCAGAAGGCGCGCAUGCUGGACUUCGCGGAGCGCGUCGGGUGGCGUCUGCAGAAGCUGGACGACGCCAUGGUAAAUCAGUUCUGCCAGGAGAUCGGCGUCAAGCGCCGCGUCCUCAAGGUGUGGAUGCACAACAACAAGCACAGCCUCGCCAAGAGGCCGCUCCCGGCCUCGCCGCCGCCGCAGCAGCCACAUGCCCCAAUGCCAGUCGCCAUGCAGUCACCGCCGCCAAUGCCAAUGCCAGUGCCAGUGCCGAUGCCGAUGGCCGUGCAUCCAUCGCAGCAGCAGCAGCAGCCCGGGCCGUCCUUCCACCGCGACGCGAGCUCCCCGCAGCGCCUCAACCCCGAGUGACCGCGGAAAGAAGACGGAAUUCGCCCUGGCGUGUCAUCAAAGGUGCCUCCUAGCUACCCGACGAGUGACGCCAUGGUGGUUCUUGAUUCUCCUCCUAGCGUAGCAAACCGCAUUGCCAUUAAUUUCACUGUUCCAUCGAAGAGACCGAUCGAUCGCAGCCGAGCCAAGAGAAACUCAAGGUUUAUUGCAACCAUCUCCGUUUUAUUAUUUUUCGUUGUUCAUCUUCUUGUCAUAAGGUAGGGGAGCAGGCAUAGGCAGAAGAACCGAACUGAGCUCUCGAUUCCCAUUUUUUACUUUCCGCUGGACUUAAUUCUUUUUUCCUCUUUCGUCUCCCUGGUUUGGUUGGUGUCACUGACUUUAAGUCUAGCAGUAGCCUGAUGAGCUGAGCGUUUGAGUUGUUGUCAUGGAUCAGAAUCAGACAGAGGUCUAUUAAAUUAAAUUUUACUUGUUUA